CUCGACAGGCAUGCUUGACCGGUCAAAUGAAUAGAAAAUUUUGCAUUUUUCAUAUAGGUUGGCAGCUAGGCUAAGUGAAAAUGUGGAGGUGCUAUUUUUAUUGACCAGUCGGAUACAGAUCUGAAAUCUGCAAAGGAUUAAAUACCCUUCUUCCCUCCUAUUCUUCUUUGAUUCUUCCUUUGCCACCAGCAGUGAAUUUCAUUUACAGUCUGUAAGAAGCUUAAAACUCUACCAUCAAAAUGCCAGAACCUGCCAGAGAGAGAAAGUCAAAGAUCACAGCAUCCCGCAAGCUUCUGCUUAAGAGUUUGUUGCUGGCUAAAGCAACAGAAGAAUUAGUCCAAGAAACAACAGAGAAAAGUGAAGAAAAAGAAAGAUUUCUUGGCGAACGAGUCCCACAUAUAAGAAUAGCUGGCCUGUCCUUUACUCAGCUGCAGGAACUCUGCCAGGAACUCCAUGAGAAGGUGAACGUAGUGGAUGAGGAGCGAUAUGACAUUGAAGCCAAAGUGAUACACAAUACGAGAGAGAUUCAAGAUUUGAAUCUGAAAGUUUUUGAUCUCAGAGGGAAGUUCAAGCGUCCGACUCUCCGCCGGGUCCGUGUUUCUGCUGACGCUAUGCUGCGGGCCUUGCUGGGAUCCAAACACAAAGUAUCCAUGGAUCUCCGAGCUAACCUGAAGUCGGUCAAAAAGGAAGAUUCAGAAAAGGAACGUCCUGUUGGAGUUAGUGAUUGGCGUAAAAAUGUGGAGGCGAUGUCUGGGAUGGAAGGCAGAAAGAAAAUGUUUGAUGCUGCUAAAACUGGUGCUGGCCAAUGAUUUUGCUUCAAGAAGUUCCUACCUUCUCCAGCUUUAUUUGCUUGUAUUUCACUGCAUUUGAAGAUGUCUAGAAUUGCUUGAAGAAAACAUGAUCUGCACAGGAGAGAAGAUAAUGAGGAAGAUUACUUUAAGACAAAAUGAGAAAAUGAGCUAACAAACCAACUGUUCUGGUUUUCUGCAUUUGGUGUAAAUUUAGAUAAAAUAAAACUAAAUUCACAGCCCCUGGAUGAUGAUGUAAAUACCAGACUCUUAUUUUAAAUCCAUUGUUUUGUAUAGCCUGCUCAUGAUUUGUGGAAGAGUAAUAAAUUUGAAAAUAUUUA